AUGGUUCUUGUCGAGGAAGUCAAGGAGGACAUUUUCGCCGGCGAGCGCGAGUCGGACUUUGAGACGGACUCGGAGAUCUCGGACGACGAGUCUGUCGUUUCCGAGGACGACUUUGACGCCGACGCCGAGACCAUCUUUGACCGCAUCGCCGCGCUCAAGGACAUUGUGCCCCCUACUACCCGCACCUCCAUCGUCGCCACCACCGACUCGAUCAAGUCGUGGGCCGCGUGGGCCCUCGCCUCGUCGGGCCAGGUCGCCUGGUGGGCCACCACCUCGGCGCUCCUCGUCGGCCUCCCCCUCGCCCUUGCCAUCGAGGACGAGGCCCGUAUCUCGCAGCAGGAGCGCGAGAUGCAGAUGCAGUCUGCCGGCCAGCAGCAGCUCAUCGGCGGCGCCGCUGCCCCCGGCUCGGGCGCUCAGCAGGUCAUGCCCGCUGGCUUCUAA